AUGAUGAAUAUCUUAGCUGGCAGUAAAAGAAAACGGGCCAAAGGUAACAUGCCUAUGUGGUCGAAUCCAAUCGAUUUUGAUAUUAUCGAUCCCAGCGGUUCCCGUAUAAUGCAGGGUAAAUCACAAUUUUUCAAAAAAAUCCUACAUUUACUUCAUAUCGAAUGUAACCAUCUGUUUUCAGCCAGUCUUUACCCAGACGGUAUGACAUUAAACGAAGGAAAGCGAAAAAUUUGCGAUAUAACGCUAGCAAACGACGAGGAUUCGCUUAAUUUCAUCGCGAAAAUUACACAUCCAGUAACGGGUAUGACGGUAUAUGAGAUGCAAGAAAUCGCCGACAUUAUCACCAUACAGUCAUAUACGGACGACAUGAAUGGCACCCGAAUUGAAGCAAUUCGUCCCACAUUGCUCAGUCUAUUGUUCACCUGUGGAUGUACCUUCACACGGAAAAAAUGGAAUUUGAUCUCUCAAGACAUUGUUACAGCAAUUAUUGAGCCAAAAUCGUCAUUUUUCGAAGAGAACUCCGUAAAAAUGGAAUGGGUGACAAGCAGCGAGAAUGAGCUUCGAGUCGUCGCCGUGACUUUCGGUUUGGCACUGAUGGUUCGCGAAGCAUUCCCAUCUCUAAUUCAUAUACUAAAAGAAUUCCGUACACGACAUGCAUGA